CUUGCCAACUUUCAUCAUUUCUAUUUUCUUUUUCUUUUUAUAUUCUCAUAUGAAACUUCAACUAAACUCUGCCUCCUCUGUAUAAACGCAUCAUUCUCCUAUCUAAAUUCCUCAAACUCUCACUCUCAUACACACACUCUCUCUCUAUUGUGGUCAUGGCUUUAAAAGGCCACAGUCUGAAUUUGGGGUUUUUCGGGGAAAACCAGUCAUGGGGUACUCUUCCCACUUUUGAUAACACAGGUGAGAGUAUAGAGAAGUUAGAUAAGAAGUCACAAAACAAGAAGGAAAAAGGGAAUGAAGAAGAAGCUCUUCUGUAUAAGAAGCGAAAUCGAGGUGGUACAAUGGAGAAGAAUGUUGUUGUUGAUGGUGAAGGGAAAGAUGAUCAUGAAGUGCAUAUAUGGAUUGAGAGAGAAAAGAGAAAGAAAAUGAGGAACAUGUUUGGUACCCUUCAUUCUUUUCUUCCUCAACUUCCCUCUAAGGUAAAAGAAUUCAGGUCAUUCUUCUAGUUUCAAGUGUAAAAGUAUUUAUUUUGAUGAACAUUUUCUCUCAUUGAUUAAUUUUGACCCAUUCUAUGUAUAUCUUUUCUUUGGCUUUAUUUUGAUCGUUUGUAAAAGGAGCAUUCCUUCGUUGUCUUAAGAUGAAGUUUAUGCAUGUCAUACCUAUCAAGA